ACCUCUACGCUAGAAGUUACCUGAAAUUGUGUAAGUGAGCAGAUCUCUGUGUAUAACACUAUUUGUGUUUAAUUCAACAGGUGAAAUAGGUAUGGAGAGGGUAAUUCUGCGUGAGGGGAAAGUCACUAUGGAGCUUGCGGAUUCCCAGUUAGACACCCGUGAGUUAUUUUAUUAAAAGUUAGAAUGCAUGCACUGUUUUUAUCAAAUCAGUAAACAGUAUACACAACAAAAGUAAAUAGAAUAUCAAGUGUAUACGAUAUUUACCUACUCAAGGAAUACGAGUAAGAUGCAUAAAACACUUAUUGACAUUCACAGUCAUCAAUGAUCAAAUACAGAAUAAACCCCGUGGAAAACAUAAACUGUAUUUCCAUAAAAGGGGUGAAUACAUUAAUUUACAACUUCCAAAAAUGGGGAAUGUGAUAUUUGACUUCAAUGAAAGUUAUUAUUGACAAAAAAUAAGACAAAAAUUUGCACAAUAUACAAAAUUUAUAGGAUGAUGCGGCUGAACUUUAAGACAAUAUUGCUUGUAAUAGUAGUUGCAGUAUUAAGUUCAAUAUUAACAUCAUGGAGUAAUUGUGGUAAUCCAUUCUUUUUUAAAAGUACUGAAUGGAAAACGAAAUUUCAACAUAGAGAUCGACAAACUUUAGAAAGUGGAUAUCAAGAAAUAGAUUGUCACAUUAAUGGUGAUUAUUCAAUUGGUUGUCGUAAAGAAGGAGAUGAAGUGUAUAUACCAUUUUCAUUUAUCCAUAAGUAUUUUGAGAUUUAUGGGAAAUUAGCAACCUAUGAUGGUUUAGAAAGGUUUGAGUGGUUGCAUAGUUAUUCAAAAAUUGUUAAUCCUAAAGGAAAAUAUGAUCCACGAGGAGUAUUCAUGACCUUUGAGAAUUAUAAUGUUGAAGUUCGAGAACGAGUUAAAUGCAUCAGUGGAAACGAUGGUGUCCCAAUAUCUACACAAUGGGAAAGCCAGGGAUAUUAUUAUCCUACUCAAAUUGCUCAAUUUGGUCUAUCUCAUUAUAGUAAAAAUUUAACAGAACCAGAACCACGAAAAAAGAUUAUUGAAGAUUCAGAUAAAAUUAAACGAGAAUGGACUAUACCUCAGGGAUCCAUUGUAUCUAGAGUAUUUGAUAAACAUGCUAACAGUCAUAUAAUGAAGUUUGCUACACCAGAAACUAGUACUUCUGGAAUUACUCUAAAAUUAGAUCACGUCUUGGACUUUGUAUUAAAAUGGGAUUUUAAUAUUAAAGAAAAUGGUAGUAUCAUGGUUACAUUACAGUCUAGGGAAAGGAAGGAAGUAUAUUACCUUCAUUAUAUUACUAGUAAUAUAGUACUGUAUGCUUACAAUAACCAUAUAUACUAUGGAAUUGGUCAAAUUAACCAUCAGUGGAAAAGAUAUACUAGGGACUUGGUGAUUGAUCUACAGAAGGGUUUAUACUUAAAUGAUAAAAAUAAAAAAAAAUUGUCUCGUUCUAAACUAAAGAUGAUAAAAAUAACUUUGUAUGGGUCUGGAAUGAUUGAUAAUAUAACAUUGUCUACAAGUGAGCAUAUGGAACAAUUUUAUGAUGCAGCGAGAUGGUUUGUAACCAAUCAAAAUAUUAGUUCAGGUGGAUGGGCAAAUCCUGUUAGAAGAAAGGUAGCACCUGGAAUGGCUACUCUUGAGCCUGGAUGGUAUUCCAGUAUGGGACAAGGACAUGCUAUUUCUGUAUUAGCACGGGCAUAUUAUCAUUCCAACGAAGAAAAAUAUUUACAAGCUGCUAUUAGAGGUUUACAACCUUUUAGAUUAUCCUCUAACAAGGGAGGAGUCGCUGCAGUAUUCCUAGAUAAAUAUGUAUGGUAUGAAGAAUACCCUACAACACCCUCUUCUUUUGUACUUAAUGGGUUUAUUUAUUCUCUAAUUGGGUUGUAUGAUUUAAAGAGUAUAGCCACAGGAAAGGAUGCUGAAGAAGCAUCUCGCCUUUUUAGUCAGGGUAUGACCUCAUUGAAAAAUAUAUUAACUUUGUAUGAUACAGGCUCUGGUACUACAUAUGAUUUACGUCAUUUUACAUUAAAAACAGCUCCAAAUUUAGCUAGAUGGGAUUAUCAUUCUACUCAUAUCAAUCAACUUCUUCUCUUAAAUUCAAUUGAUAAUGAUUCAAUUUUUACCGCUACAGCAGAAAGAUGGAUAGGUUACAUGAAUGGCAAAAGAGCUGCACACAAUUAACUUUUUUAUUUUCAACGUGUAAUUGUCUUUUGCAUUUGUUCAUUCACUUUUUACACUUUUUUCACUCAUUUGCAUUGCUUUCCAUUUUUAUAUCGUACAUUUUAUAAGUAAAUCCAAAUUCUCAUGAAAUACAGUGGACCAAAAUAUACUAAUCUGUUUGACAUAAUUUUAUAUGAAGUCAGAAAAAUUUUUCAUAUUAAUUUAGAAGUUUUCAUUUACAUAUAUCAUUAAAAUAAUUUUGAAAGAGAAGAAUUUUGUAUUAUAUUAAACCUAAAUAAUUGACAUAUCUGUGAU